AGAAAAAAUACACAUAACAUAAGCAUGGCAGUGUUCAGAAUAAGAAGAAUGAGGUGUUUUUGCGUCUGGUUCUUCCCUCUCGUAGUGACGGUGGUGUGCGCCCAAAGUGCCGGUGCCAAUGACCCUAGCAAUAUGUCGUUGGUUAAAGAAACGGUGGAUAGACUGUUGAAAGGUUAUGAUAUACGAUUGAGGCCAGAUUUCGGAGGUGCUCCGGUUGGAGUGGGAAUGAACAUAGACAUAGCCAGCAUAGACAUGGUAUCAGAAGUCAAUAUGGACUACACACUGACGAUGUACUUUCAGCAGGCCUGGCGAGACAAACGGCUGUCCUACUCUGAGAUCCCCCUCAAUCUGACCUUAGAUAACCGGGUGGCUGACCAGCUCUGGGUCCCCGACACCUACUUCCUCAAUGACAAGAAAUCGUUUGUCCACGGUGUCACGGUGAAAAAUAGAAUGAUCCGACUGCACCCGGACGGCACCGUACUGUACGGUCUAAGGAUCACUACCACCGCUGCUUGUAUGAUGGACCUGAGAAGGUAUCCACUGGACGAGCAAAACUGCACACUCGAGAUAGAGAGUUAUGGCUACACUACCGACGACAUUGAGUUCCACUGGCGAGGAGGAAACAAUGCUGUGACGGGGGUGGACAAGAUCGAACUGCCUCAGUUUUCCAUCGUGGAUCAUAAUCUCAUCUCCAAGAAUGUCGUCUUCUCCACAGGUGCUUACCCUCGUCUGUCCCUUAGUUUCAAACUGAAGAGAAACAUCGGGUACUUCAUCCUGCAGACAUACAUGCCUUCUAUACUUAUCACAAUCCUCUCAUGGGUCUCCUUCUGGAUCAACUAUGACGCCUCUGCUGCCAGAGUGGCUCUGGGGAUCACCACGGUGCUGACCAUGACUACCAUUAACACCCACCUGAGAGAAACCCUUCCCAAAAUCCCCUACGUCAAAGCCAUAGACAUGUACCUCAUGGGCUGCUUUGUCUUUGUCUUCCUGGCUCUGCUGGAGUACGCGCUGGUAAACUACAUAUUCUUUGGACGGGGCCCUCAACGUCAGAAAAGGGCGGCUGAGAAACUAACCCUAGCUAACAAUGAAAAGAUGAGGAUGGAUCCAAACAAGUGGCUGGUGGGGAAUGUAGUUGGCAGAGAUGACACUCUGUAUGCAAGAAUGAAACAAAGGGACCUUGACGGCCAUGACUCGUUGUGGGAACCAAUCUUUGUAGACGACGGAGCGAUCGGACUCGGCGAACAAAAGAACAAGAUGGACACACAUGAAAACAUCCUUUUGGGCACCUUGGACAUCAAGAACGACAUGGGCGUCUCAGAGCUGGCUCUGGGUCUCAACGACCCGCGAAAUACCAUGCUGACAUACGACAGCUCGACUCUGCAGUACCGCAAAGCAGGGCUGGCCCGGCACAACUUUGGUCGGAACACGCUGGAGUGCCACAUGACUCAAAAGAAGAGCCGACUACGGAGGCGCGCUUCACAGUUAAAGAUCAACAUCCCAGACUUGACUGAUGUAAACUCUAUUGACAAGUGGUCGAGGGUUAUCUUCCCGACUGUCUUCUCCUUCUUUAACAUUGUUUACUGGCUUUACUAUGUCAAUUAA